UUGACUGGUGGGCAUGUGGUGUUCUUUUGUUUGGUGUGGUAGUGGUGCGGCUCUAGUUUGUAAAAUAGGCUUAUGCUCUUCACACUUUGACGUAUAUAUGAAAUACGCUUAUUAUUUCAAUAACUGUCGGUCAUCAUUAUGCGGUGGUAUUCGGUGGUUUACAAUGGCAUGCGGUGGUAUGCACCUUUUAGGAAUACUGCAAUUAUCUGCCUGUGUGUAGCACUUGGAGGAGGGGCAGCCUUUGCACUUGGUGGUCUAGCGCUUCAUAGGAAAUAUCGAAAGAAUGCCAAGUGCCAUCGGCGAAUGACUCUCUAUCAUAGUUUCCCAUUUCGUUCAUCAAGAUGUGCAUGGCUUAUUGCAGAGUUGGGAAUUGAAGACAAAUUUCAGGUUGAGAAGGUUACUCUUCAUGGGGAAAACAUGACGGACAUGGAGAAUUACAAGAAGAGCGUGCAUCCACAUGGCACUAUCCCAGCAUUGAAACUUGACAACGAUGUCAUUGUACUAGAGUCUGGAGCAAUCUGUAUGUAUCUUGCAGACCUAUUUGGUGGUCUAGCUCCACACUACUUGGAGAGGGCGGAAUAUUACAAUUGGAUAUGCUAUGCGACAGCAACCAUUGACCCAGUGCUAGAACCAUUGUACAUGCAGCUAACACACAUGCCAGAGGAUCAGCGAGACACGGCGCUAGUAGAAAAGAUGACAAAUAAGUUCAAAGAGAUUGCUGCAUAUUUAUCAAGUGUCCUGGAGAAACGGCAGUAUAUAUGUGGAGACAGGUUUACUGCUGCAGAUUGUGUUCUAGGUUACAACAUGUGGUGGGCCUCGGUGAUACAAAGCGGCGCGAUCUUACAAGACUACCCUGUACUGGUAGACUACGUGGAACGGAUCAAACAACGAGAUGGCUUCAAGAAAGCGUUUAUCAGGAAACCAAAGCCAAGUGGUGGAAGCUUAUGAAAAUGGUGCUUUGUGGGAUAUAUAUAUAUAUAUAUAUAUAUAUAUAUGUGUGUGUGUGUGUAUAUAUAUAUAUAUGUGUGUGUAUAUAUAGAGCGACCUCUAUAUCAUAAAUAAUCUCAAAAACAUUAGGUAAAUUAUUAAAAACAAAAAAGAAUAUUAAUCGUGGAAUUAAAAUAAUUGAAUUCCAUCAGAUUGGCAUUCACAUGCUCAUGUCUGGUGAAAAUGUAAACAUCCUUGGCUCUCUGUUUUUAUGAUUGGCUGUGACAUGCAAGACUGUCAUUUAUUUGUGGAAACAAAGAUAAGUUUGUACUUGAGGGAAUGAUAUAGUGCUGGUUCUUUGAAUGAUAAUAUAGAGGGCUUAAAAUAUCACUAUAUAUUUGGAUGAAUUAUACAAAAAUCUAUAUCCUAUAGUGCUUUACAAAA